GGGGGAAAGGAGUGCUCUUGUGGUUCCUGGAAGCCAUGAGGCUCACCUGGAGGAAGAUAAUCUGCGCUUGCAGGAGGAGCUGGACAGGGCUGACGCGGAGCUGCAGGAGGAGGAAGAAAAGCAUCUUCAGUCUGAGCAUUGUGUUCCUGACUUGAAGAGUGCCUUGGAUGCCAAGAAAAGAGAGGCAAUAACUUCCUCCCAGGAACUGCAGGACCUCCUGGAAGAAGACGCGCAAGACUUUGCAAGUGAGAACAGCAGAUUGGAAGCCACUGUCCAGCAGCCAAGCGAGAGCAUUGAAGCCCUUCCGAGAGCCCUGCAAGCCUCUGCCUCAGGUGGUGAACUUUCCCAGCAGCUGGACGUGGAGCCUGGAACAGGCAUGCAGCUCGAGGCCCUAAACCAGGCUUUGCAAGAAGAGCUGUCCACUCUGCUUGGGAAGUGUGAACAACUGGAGAAGAGCAAAUGUCAGCUGCAAGAAGAGGUGACAAAACACCACCAUCAUUUGGAGACUUUGGUGCUGGAUUGCAGCCAAAGAGAACAAUGUACAGGAGAGGUGGCAGAAGGAGCUGACCAGGAAAGAAGUCCAAAGCUACAAGAGGUCAGCCUCGUUUUGCAAGCACAGGCAGCCCACCAGGCCCCACUAGGACAAACUGGAGACAUUCAUUGUGAUUCCAUGAGAAUCCAGUUGGAAGAAAGGAUUAGAAAUCUUGAAAGUGAAUUGGAGAGGAUCAAAACCACCCAAGAAGAGAGUGCUUCUCGUAAAGAAGCAACACAGGGAGAGAUGGGGAUGUACAAAGAGCUGUAUGUGGAGGAAGUGAAAACCAGAAGAUGCCUUGCCAAGAAACUGGAAAGGCUGGAAAAGCUUCUGAGGAUAGAGAGCAGGAAACUCCGGGUUAAUGAAGAGAAAGGAAGUCAGUCCCAGCUGGAAGAAAUGAAGAAGAGAUAUUCUGAAAAGGUCAAGGAAGUUGAUAGAUUCCAAAAAGAGGUUGCUGAACUUUCCCAGCAGUUGGACAGGGAACGUGAACAGUGCACGCAGCUGGAGGCCAAAAAUCAGGCUUUGCAAGAAGAGCUGUCUGCCCUGCGUGGGGAGUGCGAGAACCUGGCCCUGGACAAAUGCCAGCUGCAAGAAGAGCUGGCAAAACUCCACCAUCAUUUGGAGACCAACGUGGUGGAUCGCAGCCAACUCGAACAGUGCAAAAGAGAGGUGGAAGAACAAGCAGACCAGGAAAUAAGACAAAAACUCCAAGAAGUCAAUGAGUUUUUGCAAGCACAGGCAGCCCACCAGGACACCUUAGAAGAAAUCAGAAGCAGUCAUGUGGACUCACUGAAAAAACAGUUAGAAGACAGAAUUAGAGAUCUGGAACGUGCACUGGGAAGGACAAAAAGCAACCAAGCAGAAAGACCUUUUCAAAAGGAAUCCACCCAGGCAGAAGUGGACAAGUACAAAGAGCUGUAUCUGGUGGAAGCCCAAAGAAGAAAAAGCCUCACCAAGAAACUGGAAAGAGCUACUGAGAGACUUGCAGUGGCCAACACCAAGCUCUUUUUGGAGCGCCACAGAAGCAGAUCUGUGGUCCCAAGCAGCGCUGUCAGCGGACUUCUGGCUGCAAGUCCACUUCUGGAUUCACCUGGCCUGGGACAUGUUGGCAUCAGUUUGGGACUGAGCAGAAGUCUGGCUCUCAGAACACCACCCAGACACCUGUGGUAAAGCCCAAGACUUCUGCUCAUCAGGACAUCCUGUGAGGGACCGUUCAGAUGGAUGGAAUGAAUUGCUUCCUUUCCUUAAUUUCGACACCCACGGCCUAGUAGCCAGUUUCCUUAAUGGUGGCCUUCAAGGUUUGGUAGCAAAGACUCCAAGAUCAGCUCUAACCCAUCCCUACAUUGCUCAGUGACAAUGAUCCUAGUGGUGAAGGCAGCGAAACUGCUACUUAAAAUUGGAGAGGUGGUGCUGCAUUGGUCCCCUUGUUGUACGAAAGGAAUCGCUGGAGCUUUGGGGACAAGAAGUGCCAACGGCCACGACAACUGUACACAGGCAACAGUAUCGGAGGAACCGAGAUGCUGUGACCCCCAUCCAUCCAUCCAGUACAUCCAUGACAUCAUUGUGGGGGGGACACAGCAGAAGAAGUUUUCGAGAAAGGACAGAAGAUCAUCCAGAUUCUCCUCGAGGCUGGUUUUGCCAUCAAGAAGAGUAAGGUCAAGGGCCCUGCCCAAGAGAUCCAGUUCCUAGGGCUGAAAUGGCAAAUGGACGACACCAGAUACCAACAGACGUCCUCAACAAGAUUGUAGCAAUGGCUCCACCCACAAACAAGAAAGAAACCCAAGCUUUUCUGGGAGCCAUUGGCUUCUGGAGGAUGCACAUCCCAGAGUACAGCCAGAUGCUGGAGAUAAAGGUCCCUCCUGGAGCCUCUGGCCAAAGGUGCCUGGUGAGACGUGAGGGCGACCACUGGGUUUCUGGAGCCGAAGCUACAGAGGUUCUGAGGCCAAUUCCACCCCUGAGGAGAAGGAAAUCUUAGCAGCCUAUGAAGGCAUACGAGCAGCUGCAGAGCUUUCAGAUUCAGCAAUGUCCUCACUCCCGACAGACCAGGGUCCCCUUUCCAGAGUAAUGGAGGAGCACCGUGAUUUUUUAAUCCAAAAUUCCUGGAUUGGAAUGAAGUGCUCUGGAAAGGCUCUGGAAAUCAUUGGGUGUUCACAAUCAUCAAGGAAGAUGUUCACCAGGAAUUGCUGAUCACUGGCCUCCAGCUGGAUGUUGCACUCCUGAUCACCACCCCAGCCAGCAGAUUUCAACCAGCCUGCUGUCUGCUCAUCCAGCCCAUACUUCAUGGGCUUCUCUGUGAGGGAGCCCUGUCUGUGUCCACUAGUACACACAUUCAUUUGGAUUUUAAACAAUCAAACAGAAGUGAGAGUUUUAACAGCAGAAUUAUUUUUCAAAGGGAAAUAGAAGGGUAUGGCUUUGAUGGAACGAGUGCCUUCAAGCUCCUCUGGCAGGCACUGUUUGAAAACUAUUUGGGUGAUUUUUGAUAAGAAAUGAAAGAUGCAACGGCAGGAAGCCAUUCAGCAAUCCCUGACAAGGGAGGUCCACUGUCAAUUGCUGGGAGGGCCCCCACCUGUUUCUUUUAAUGGUGCUCCCAAAUCCCACCUCUUGGGCCUCCCAUCCCAUCCUUUUUGGUCCCCUCAGGCAUCUCCUCCCCAGCAUCUGCUCUGUGUCCUACCCAGGGUCCCCAAACAUCCUCCCACUGAUCAUUCCCAAAGCUUUUCUUUCCAUCCUUCCCCUCAGACCUUUGCCUUUCAUCCAGGUCACUGCCCUGGUACCUCCCAAGACCAUUCCUUGCCUCCCUCUCCACUCCCAACCAUCUCCCAUUGCCCUUGUUUUUGUCCUCCUCCAUCAUCCUCCUCCUGUCCCCACCAAGCCUCUCCCUUGCAGUGCCCAUGUCCCUACACUUGAAUUCCUUUCCCCUCCCCUGCAUCCCACACAGGGCCCCUUCAACACCCCAAUCCCAGUCCCGUGGGCUCCCCAGUUCCCCCCAGUUCAGCAUCUUUGGGUCCCCUCCUACUCCCCCCACCGUCCCUGCAGGCCCUGAAUUCCCCUGGCUCUCCUUGUCUCCAUCCCCACCCUGGGCCCUGCAGGCACAGGGGUUGGAGGUGAAACUGGGGGCAGUGGGAGCAGGGGGAGCA